UUACACUUCCUGUCUAACGCUGUUGCAUAGCAGUCAGCUUGUUUAUCCCAGCAGUUAUUUUCCCCCCUUUGUUUUAUAUUGGCAGCCACUCUGAAGAGUCAGAAGGUCUAAUGGAAUGGCUGGCCUUUUUCACCUCACUUGUGAACUGCAAAGGCAUAUCAUCUGGUGAUGAGCUUCACCUGCUGAAAAUGUAUGUCACAGGCCCGGGCAAAUAUUUUGCCCUUGGAAAAGAAGCACACAUAUGUUAAGGAUAAUAAAGCAUCUUAUGGAUACUUUAAAGUGGGACAUAACAUCAAGGAUUGUUGCCGUGGCCACUCAUGUGACAUUUGUAAAGGAAAGCAUCCAACUUGUCUACAUGAUGACAUUGCAAAGGAAAGGUUUCUUGGCCUUAUCAACACAGUUUCAAACACUUCAGAUGAAACCACAGCAGCUACAGCUCUCAACAUUACGAAGAUUUUUCUGGCCGCGGAUCGGGUCUACAUUUCUUCAUUCCAUGAUUGCUGGAUAUGCAUCACGUGCAAUUGUGAAGAUUUGUGAGGAAAAUCCUUCGUUAAAAACUCAUCUCACUGCCUCCAUUAAGGAACAGCCAUAAAGCACCAUGGGAGGUGCUGUUGUGGAUGAUGAAGCACCAAGUGUGAAGGCCCCAGAUGGAGGAUGGGGCUGGGCAGUGUUGGCUGGAUGUUUUGUCAUCACAGGCUUCUCCUAUGCAUUCCCUAAAGCAGUCAGUGUGUUUUUCAAAGAGCUGAUCCGGGAGUUUGGAAUUGGAUACAGCGACACCGCCUGGAUCUCUUCCAUCCUGCUGGCGAUGCUUUAUGGCACAGGUCCUCUGUGCAGCGUGAUGGUCAACCGCUUUGGCUGCCGCCCUGUGAUGAUGGUGGGAGGCCUCUUCGCCUCUCUGGGAAUGAUCUUGGCCUCCUUCUCCACCAGCAUCAUCCACAUCUACCUCUCUACUGGAGUCAUCACAGGUCUGGGAUUGGCUCUGAACUUCCAGCCAUCUCUCAUCAUGCUCAAUCGGUACUUCAACCUGAAGCGUCCUCUGGCCAAUGGGCUUUCUGCUGCUGGGAGCCCCGUGUUCCUCUGCGGCCUCUCGCCUCUGGGUCAGUUUCUUCAGAACUAUUACGGAUGGAGGGGAGGCUUCCUCAUUCUUGGUGGGCUUCUGCUGAACUGCUGUGUGUGUGGAGCCCUCAUGAAACCCUUACAGAAUCCCAAGCCUGUGGAACAGCAACACGACCUGGGGGACAAGAAGAAGAAAAAGAAGCUGCUGGACUUCUCUGUAUUCAAAGACAGGGGGUUUGUCAUCUACACAGUAGCAGCAUCCAUCAUGGUGCUGGGCUUGUUUGUGCCACCUGUGUUUGUUGUGAGUUACGCCAAGGAGCUGGGGAACGAGGACACCAAGUCAGCGCUGCUGCUCACUAUCCUGGGUUUCAUCGAUAUUUUUGCUCGACCAACCUGCGGUGUGAUUGCCGGACUGAAAUGGGUGCGGCCUCGGUGUGUCUACUUGUUCAGCUUUGCAAUGCUCUUUAAUGGAACUGCCGACUUGGUUGGCUCACAGUCCAACGACUAUGUGUCUCUGGUAAUUUUCUGCAUCUUCUUUGGGGUCUCCUACGGCAUGGUGGGCGCGCUGCAGUUUGAGGUGCUGAUGGCAAUAGUUGGCACUGAAAAAUUCUCCAGUGCAAUUGGCCUUGUCCUCCUGGCGGAAGCUAUUGCUGUGCUGGUGGGACCACCAAGUGCGGGGCGACUUCUGGACGCUACCAAGAGUUACAUGUACAUCUUCCUGCUGGCAGGAAGUGAGGUAUUGCUCUCAGGAGUGGUUCUGGCUACUUGCAACUUCUUAUUUAUCAAGAGGAAACCCCGUGAACCGGCAGUCUAUCUGAGUGAGACGGUCACACUGGCAGAUGAUAAGACCAACCAGCAUACAAGCAGGGCAGAGGGGCAGCAAACGACAGAGAAGAAGAUGCAGAAGAAGGUGAUCGAUGAGAACAAGAAUAACGACAACGAUGUCCGACCAAAGAGUGUAGCAGUGGACUCACAGGAGGUGGAGAGGUUCUUAAAGGAGCCGCAGACUAAUGGUGACAAGGCUGCUUGUCCUGAAACCUGUCUUUAGGUAGAGAUGGAGGGUGCAGGUGAAACGUAGUAGUUAGCAGCAUACCCAACCCUAAGCUUUGGCCAUAAUUCAAUGUUUGAGUGAGCAAUGUGUUUAUGUCUGUCACUGAAGUAGCUGUGACUCUGCUACCAUCCAAAUGAUUGUUGGCAAGGAUAGCUGUGUUGGCUUCGUCUUUCAACUCAAUGUUUUAAAGUUUGCCGAAUGGGAAAACUGAGCCGCAGUGUUGCCGUGUGUAUAUAGUUUAUAACAAAUGUUUAUUUUUUAUGGAUGUCGCCACCAGCAAAUGAAAUUAAGGGAUAAUUUUGUCAAAAUUCUGCAUUCUAUGCUUUAGCAAAUGACAUAACAAAUGAUUAGUACAGAUGAAUGUAAACUCCCCUAAAAAGAAAAGCUGUAAAGUUGCAAUAUGUAGCUUUUAACAAAUAUGUAAAAAAAAGCAAACAUAUUUUAUAAAACUGUUAUGUGGUGACAGUAUGGGAUGAGACAGAUAAUGUGCGAAAAAUGUCAAGCUCCUCUGUCUUCCCCCUAUGAACAGGCUUUGUCAGAAAUGACCAAUCAGAGUCAGGAGGAGGGUCUGAGUGCUGUCAAUCACAGCUGGUUCCCCACAACGUAGCCUGCCCUGAAAGCUAAGGCUAGUUAGCAUGGCCACUAGCAGAUAAACGUUUUUCCAAGAUCGGUAAGUUGUUUCUCCACUAUUAGCACAUUUAGCAGUGCAUUCAUAAGGUUGAUUGACAGCACUAAGCCCCUCCUCUGGCUCUGAUUGGUGGAUUGCAUUGAGUGCAUUUCUUCAGAUGACAAGAGUAGCUCAGGGGGUGGGGGAGAUUAAUCUUUUCACAGAUUAUCUGUCUCAUAUUAAGCUGCUUCAACAUAUUGACACUUAACAAAUAUGUAAAAAACAUAUUUCUGUCAGGUACAUACUGCAGCUUUAAGCAGCAAUAUGGAGCAGUUUAAUUUGGAUGGAAUUUGAUACAAUUACAGAACAGUGGGGGUGUAAAUGAUCUGAUUUUCAACCAUUCAGACCAGGCACUAGAGGCCAUGACUGAUGUCAUCAGAGAGUAAGGUCACCAGACACGGAUUGGAUUGGAUUCAAUCGUCCAUUUUCGCCAUGUUUCAGGCCGGGUGACUGUAUCAAGCUACUGCCUAACGUAUGGGGCCAACUACACACAUUGUUGAAACCAGAGUGUGUGUGAAAGGCUAGGCUAACAAUGAGGUUAGCCUAGCAUUCCAGGUAGUCAGAAUCUAGAAUACCUGACCUCUUUCAAUCCAAGCAUGAGACCCCCAUCAUGCUCCUGGUGAUGUUGUUUAGUCCGACUACAUGGCACCCUGUCUGUCUGUCUGACUGUCAGACAUUCUGGCAGCUUCCUGCCGCACUGUCAUUCCAGUCAGGCUGCCUCUGUCCUCUGGUGAGCCUCUAGAACUGCCAGCUCCUUGCAUUUUAAAUCAAGUACAUCCUCUGUGCUGCUCUGCACCAGAUGACUUUCUAAUUAGACUAUUGGUUUGUGGUCCUUUACAUGGUGCUUAACUUUUUUUCAAUAAUUAGUCUUUGAUGAAGUGGAAGGGAAUUCAUUUUCAAUAAAAGGAGGAAUAGAAUGAAAGGCUAACAAAUUAUCCUACCUAAGUUUAGAGUCAGAUCAUAGAAGAACAAAUGUAAUAUUUAAAAAGAAAGACCUACGCUAAAUAUAAUGUCUUGCUCUGCUCCACAGUUUGAACAGCGUGUUGCAGAGAUCAUCAAUUCUGAACAUCAGCAGGAAUUAUCAUUUGUCUUUUUUGGACACAUGUCAAAACAACCUAAUGCUCGACAUUUAGUAAAAACUAAAAUAAUUCUAUUCAGUGCCAUGAAAAAGUAUUUACCUCCUUAUAGAUUUUGCUAUUUUUCUCUUUUAGUUCAACUCCAAUCUUUUUCGUUGGCAACCAUUUUUUUAGUAUCGGAGAUGACCUGAGUAAAAACAAACUGGAGUUUUAAAAUUAAGGUUUUAUUUAUUGCUGCAUGAAUCCUAUCCAGACCAGCCUGACCAUGUGAGACCUUAACUGGUUAUCUAGUUCUUGGCAGCAGUCACUGCCAUCCAUACACAAAAAUUGCUCAUCCCAAAACUUUUUUUUUUGUUGCUUUUUUUUUUGCAAGCUGGAGUGCUUCUGUGUGACAUCAUAUUCUUGAUGUCACAAUAUGAUUGCCAGAAGUUCUUAUUGUUUUUUCUUAUUUUACUAAUUAUAGAAAGUUGUUCAGAUCUUGAAUAAGCAAACCAGAUCAGAUUGUACCACCGCCAUGUCUGGCUGUCAGUAUGUUGUUUCUCUGAGCCCAAAUGUAUCAGGAAAACAUCCACUGAAAUGUUCUACCUUGUCUCAGUCCACAGACAUUUUGGAGAUCAUCACUCACCAGUGUUUUCCUUGGAACUCUACCAUGGAGGCCAUUUUGUCUUGUCUGUAUUAUUGUUGAACCCUGACCUCUGACCUUAACAGAGGCUGUGAGGUCUGUUCUGGUUGGCUGGCCUCUACUGGGAAGGUUCUCCCGUGCUCCUUGUUUACUCUCGUUGUGUUUUACUGGGGUCUGAAUGAGUUAACAAGGGAGCCAAUUACUGUUUUAACUAGAAUCAAGUUGGUUUGGAUAACUUCAUUUUUACUAGAAAUGAGAUAAUCUUUUCUUAAGUGUGUUUUGAUUUUGCUGAGGUUAUUUCUGACCGAGUGGCUACAACGUGGCUCACUGGCAUCAUUGUGUGAGUGUGUGUGUGUGACUGAAUGACUGCAAGUACAGGCCAUUUACUGAUUUUACCAUUUCAGUCUUUUUGAUUACCUGAAAAACACGAGAGACCAAAACGAAAACAUUUUUUUUUUUAAAUCUGUAAAUGGGAAAAUACAUUUUCAUGUUAUAAAAAUAGAUUUAUAACAGAAAUAAAACUGAGUGCCUCACGUAAUAAAAAACAAUACAACGUAAAAACUAAUGACAUACUUUAUAUGUAUUUUUUUAGUUUUUAUUUUUUCAAGAAAUUUGUGAUGAGAGGUGCAGAAUCCUGCCAGCCUUAUCCUUUAAAAAAUAAAGUGCUUCUUUCUGCUGUUCUGCAUUCUGAAGUGUUGGAAAUGCUUUGUGUAUCUGUAUAACCAGAAACUCAUUCCUGUCAAAUGGCUUAAAAUCUUGUUUGUGACAAACUUCUAACAGAUUGUAGUUUCUUCAUUCUCUUCACUUUUGAAUCACAAGGCAGAAAAUAUCUCCCCCCUCAGUUUGUGAUACACAAAAACGGGUCAGGUACUAGUUAUAUAUGAUACUGAACAUGGCUGCAGAAUGUGACAGCUGGUUGGAAAGUGCUGCUUCAACUUUGGUCUCUGAGUUUGAGGUUGGGGGUAAAUAUUUUAUGCUCAAAUCUCUAUUGUGAUAUUCAAAAGAGAGAGAAGCAUUUCACUGUGAAACAGACGCUCCAGUCUGUUUCACACUCCACAGGUUAUAUCGUCCCUACAGACUUGUAUGUGAUUGUGGAUCGCUGUUUUUGUGAGCUUAUUUGUGUUGACAUUAUACUUCUUCUCUAAAGUACUGAGCUCACUUAGCUUCACAACCCCAGAUGUCCAGCAGAGGUGAUGCAAUAGCUUGCUAUGGAACAAAGUGUGUGCUGCAACAUGGCUUACUGUUUGUGGAGUAAAGACGUAUUUAAUCAAUAUAUUUUAACAAAGUAAUUCUAAUUUGCUAUUAAAGUUUUUAUGGACAAUGUUA